AUGGGUGAGGAUGGGUUUGAGUUUGGAGAUUUCUCAGUCUGGUUACAUGGUGGAAUGAUGGUUGAUGAAAUGACACCUAUCUCUCUGCGAACAUACUUUGUAGCCCUGUUGUGGAGUUCUUCUGAGGGUGAUUGUUUAAGGGAGAGCCUUUUGAGAAUAUUAGCCAUACAAAUGUCCAUUUAUGGUGGGCAGAUGGUAUGGGCUUCAGGCUUUUUUUGUUGGGUCUUUGUGGUUGAGGGCAUGGAUGUCAUUUUGGGUGUGAGGUUUAGGGGCUUUUGUGAUGAAGGGGAGAAAAAGGAAGUUUCAAUUCGUUCAAACUCCAUUAUGGUGAGUGCCAAGGAUAGGGAGCCACGUGUUUGCACCUCCAUUGGUUCCACGGUUAUUGGUGAAGUCAAUCGUGUCAAAUUGUCAAGCGUUGAUGCUAGUACACUGACAUGUUGGAGGAUGUGGUUAGGUCGCGUGUUCAUCCUUUUUGCAGUAUCACACGCCCCCAUGGUGGUUGUUUUCGAUCUCUUUUCUGGCAAUGGUGUCUCUAGUAGGGUCCAAGGCGAAGCUCGCAGGUGA